AUGCUAAGGAAUGUUAGCGGCCGCGUAGGCAAUUUCGGCGUACGCGCUGUGGUUAAAAGAUCCCAAAUCGGGUUCAAAACGACUAACUGGGUGAAAUAUGGAACAAAUCGAGGUUUGGCGACCAAUAGCCCAGACAGUUUCUUGUCUACCACAAACGCACCCUACAUCGAUGAGAUGUAUCAGGCUUGGAAGGAGGAUCCCAGUUCCGUACAUGCGUCCUGGAACGCGUAUUUCAAAAAUAUGGGUAAUAUGAACGUACCGGCAUCGUCAGCAUUUACCGCUCCUCCAACGCUACUAGCGCAUGCUUCGGGUCCGCUCGCGCAAGACAUGCCACUUGCUGGCGCUGGUGCACCUAUGGACGAAGGUAUCAUGACCCAUUUGAAGGUACAACUGCUGUGCAGAGCGUACCAAGUGCGUGGCCAUCAAAAAGCGCAUACAGACCCGUUACAGAUCUCGUUUGGGGAUGACAAGAGUAAACCGAUGCCACGUGAGCUUACGCUUGAGCACUACGGAUUUUCAGAACAGGAUUUGGACCGCGAAAUCACGCUAGGACCAGGUAUCUUACCCCGGUUUGCACGGGACGGCAAAAAGCAAAUGACGCUACGCGAGAUUAUUGCUACUCUCGAGAAGUUGUACUGCUCUUCGUAUGGUAUCGAAUACAUCCAUAUCCCAUCCCGGGCGCAAUGUGACUGGCUUAGAGAAAGAAUCGAGAUCCCACAACCUUACAACUACAGCAUCGACCAGAAACGCCAGAUCUUGGAUAGACUCACGUGGGCGACUUCUUUCGAAGCUUUUCUAUCGACCAAGUUCCCCAAUGACAAGCGCUUUGGACUUGAGGGUCUCGAAGGUGUCGUUCCCGGUAUCAAGACUUUGAUCGACAAGUCUGUCGAACUGGGUGUCGAGGAUGUGGUUUUAGGUAUGGCGCAUCGUGGCAGACUCAACGUGCUGUCCAAUGUGGUUAGAAAGCCAAACGAAUCUAUUUUCUCCGAAUUUCAGGGCUCUGCCGCACCUUCUGAAUAUGAGGGAUCGGGUGAUGUCAAAUACCAUUUAGGUAUGAACUACCAAAGACCAACCACCUCUGGUAAGUACGUGAACUUGUCCCUAGUGGCAAAUCCAUCCCAUUUGGAAUCGCAAGACCCAGUUGUGCUCGGAAGAGCCAGAUCCAUCAUGUUCUCCAAGAACGAUCUGGGCAAGUACGACAAAGCUAUGGGUGUUCUGCUUCACGGUGAUGCCGCAUUCGCAGCUCAAGGUGUAGUGUAUGAGACUAUGGGAUUCAGUCAUUUGCCCGAUUACUCGACAGGUGGUACCAUCCAUGUGAUUACCAACAAUCAAAUAGGUUUCACAACGGACCCAAGAUUUGCGCGUUCGACCCCAUAUCCAUCCGAUAUUGCCAAAGCUAUCGACGCUCCAAUUUUCCACGUAAACGCGAACGACGUCGAAGCUUUGACGUUUAUUUUCAAUUUGGCUGCCGAGUGGAGAGCCACUUUCCACACCGAUGCCAUUAUCGACGUUGUAGGAUGGAGAAAGCACGGUCACAAUGAGACCGAUCAACCUUCAUUCACGCAACCUUUGAUGUACCAGAAGAUUGCCAAGCAGAAAUCUGUGAUCGACGUUUACACUGAGAAAUUGAUUUCGGAAGGCUCUUUCACAAAGCAAGACAUCGAUGAACACAAGAAAUGGGUCUGGGGUCUUUUUGAGGAGGCCUUCGACAAGGCCAAGAACUACAAACCAACUUCGAGAGAAUGGUUGACAGCAGCUUGGGAAGGUUUCAAGUCUCCCAGAGAGCUUGCCACCGAAGUGCUCCCACAUGAACCUACUAACGUGAAGGAAGAGACGCUAAAAGAUUUGGGUAAAGUUUUGUCAUCUUGGCCCGAGAAUUUCGAAGUUCACAAGAACUUGAAGAGAAUUUUGACCAAUAGAGGCAAGAGCAUUGAAAAGGGCGAAGGUAUCGACUGGUCCACCGGCGAGGCGCUAGCGUUUGGUACAUUGGCACUUGAAGGCUACCCAGUCAGGGUCUCUGGGGAAGAUGUAGAGAGAGGUACUUUCUCCCAAAGACACGCAGUUUUGCACGACCAAAAAUCCGAAAAGACGUACACGCCGCUACAACAUAUUGGCGGAGACCAGGCCAAUUUCACUAUUUGCAAUUCGUCUCUAUCUGAGUACGGAUGUAUGGGAUUCGAAUACGGUUACUCCUUGACGUCUCCAGACUAUUUUGUCAUGUGGGAAGCGCAAUUUGGUGAUUUUGCCAACACCGCGCAAGUCAUCAUCGAUCAAUUCAUUGCAGGUGGUGAGGCCAAAUGGAAGCAACGUACAGGUCUGGUGCUUUCGUUGCCACACGGGUACGACGGACAGGGUCCUGAGCACUCUUCCGGUAGACUCGAGAGAUUCCUACAAUUGGCAAACGAGGACCCCAGAUAUUUCCCAUCUGAAGAGAAAUUGCAAAGACAACACCAGGACUGUAAUUUCCAGGUCGUGUAUCCAACGACUCCUGCGAACUUGUUCCAUUUCAUAAGAAGGCAGCAACACCGUCAGUUCCGCAAGCCUUUGAUUUUGUUCUUCUCGAAGCAAUUGCUGCGUCAUCCGUUGGCGAGAUCCGAUCUCUCUGAGUUCACAGAGGGCGGUUUCCGCUGGAUCAUCGAAGAUGUCGAGCACGGCAAGGCCAUUGGCACCAAAGAGGAGACCAAACGUCUCGUGAUACUGUCAGGUCAAGUGUACACCGCACUACACAAGAAGCGUGAGUCACUAGGCGAUAAGACCACUGCAUUCCUGAAGAUCGAGCAACUGCAUCCUUUCCCAUUUGCACAACUGCGUGACGCAAUAAACUCGUAUCCAAAUUUGGAAGACAUUGUUUUCUGUCAAGAAGAACCUUUGAACAUGGGUUCCUACGGGUACUCAGCGCCUAGAAUCGACACCGUCUUGAAGGAAACCGACAAGUACAAGGACGCGACCGUGAGAUAUGCGGGCAGAAAUCCAAACGGUGCGGUUGCUGCUGGGUCCAAGGCUUUGCACAACGCCGAAGAAGAAAGUUUCUUGAAAGAUGUGUUUGGUCAGUGA